CUUAUUUAUAAUUGCUUCAUUGGUUCAAAAUGGAAUAGUAAGAAUCACAUGAAAUUUUGUGAAAACGUUAAUUUUCAAUGGUCAAAAAACUACAAUAUAGAACAAUUAAAAAUAAAUAAUUCACCUCUUGCAAUAGUUUAUUUAUCAAAUGUUCUAAUAUAUAAACAAUUGAGGGACAUGAGUAAAAACCUUAAAGAAUUAAAAAAUGAGACAAUGAUUAUAAGAAAAAAGUUACAAUCAAAUGAAAACACUACAGAAAAUCAUACAAUGCAAGAUGAUUUGAAUGAAUCAACAACAUCAUCAAAUAAAACAACAGCUAAUUCACAAAAUAAUACAACUCUAAUCUCAAGAAUUGAUACAGCACUAAUUUCAACACCCAACAUAGUAUCAAUCUCACAAAAUGACACAGGAAUUAAUUCAAAACUAACAAAUAAGCAAAUAUCAGAUUCCAAAAGAAUGUACACGAAAUCUAAACAAUAUAAAUCAUUAUUAUUUAUACUUGAAACAAUAGCUUUUAUUAACAAAAACUUAUAGGUAACACUACUAAAAAAAUUAAUAAUGAAUUUUUAAUUAGUACGAAAUUUUUCAAAGAUAACUAAGAAAAUAUGAAAACUUAUGUUUCAAUAACACUGUGUUACCAAUCAUAGUUAUUAAUUAUAAUUAUCAUCAAUUAAUACUAAUUUAUAAAAAUAUAAUUCAUGAGAUAUAAGUAAACUUAAUAUGGAUGUAAUAUAAUAAAAAAAUAUUCUUAUAUGAAGAAAUAAUUAAUGAUUAAAGUUGAGAGAUCACCAUUUUUUUAUAGUUGUCAGUAAAGACUAUAUUUUAGAAAACAUUUUUGGAGUGAUCUACAGCAAUAAAACAGUAAUUAUAAUUUAUAUUAACUCAGAAGAAAACAAGUAAUUUAUAUAUUUUAGGAAAGUCAAGACCUCUGAACUUUCUUGGACAUACCAACCCAACCAAACUUAUUAGUGUUCUAUUUAAUCAAAAUACAGUAACACAUUCUAAAUUGUAACAUAUUACAAUUUAGCCAAUACAGAUAAUAUGAUCUCAUAAUAAAAUAAACGUUGAAAUACUUAAUACAAAUUAGUAU